GUUCGUUGGUGGCUAGGUGGGAUUCGAGGAAGAUAUGGUUGGGGUGUUGCCUAGGGCGAUCCGAUUUGGGUUCUGCUGGAUGCCUCCCGAAUUUUAUGGUUUCGCAAUUCCGGAAUAGUAGCGCCUCUGCUCUAGUAGAACAUUGCUCUACAUUUCGCGAUUUUUUUUUAUCCCCAAACGAUGGCACCAAGUACUAGAAACCCAGUAGAUAAUUCCUGUGAUGAAUGGCAUCGAGUCAAUCGCUCCUAGCUUGCCGGUUUAGCAUUCAGCUUGGCAUCUAAAUUCUGAUUGCUUGAUGCCUUGACUUGUUCGAUGCAAUGUCUAAUUCGAACCGUACCACAGGUUCUGAAUGUCGUAGGAACAAUUCAUCCCAAAUGCAUGCUCAAAUAACCCAGAAUCUUUUUGUGCCCUCUUUCGUUUGUUGCUGGCUUGCUGCACACAUAAAAAUAUGGCUAGUGUUCACGCUGGUACUACCGUACUAGUACUAUGAGGCUAGAUGAAAUUAGAAAAGGGAAGGAAAACAAAUAAAUUUGUUGACUUGGAUCUAUUAAUCUGAAAGCGAACAGCUAAUUAAUUUCUGAAGUGAAAACAAGGUCAGAUGUAGUUUAACAACAGUUGUGGGGAGCAAUCUAUUCGGAUGCGCAGAUAUGGGUCUCUUGAACAUGAGCUGUGUAGAGCAGGAAAGGAAGGUUACUUAAUUUAUCUAGCUACAACAGGACUUGCAUACUGGCCGGUUUGCAGUAUGUCCAGAUUUGCUUUUCUGUCACCUCUGAUGCAGGAUGUCGAAAUUUGGUGCAGAGCUUCUUGUACAAACUAGAAUUUUCAUUCAGUACAACAGUGCCGGAUGUCAAAAUUUGGACAUAACUACUGCAUGUUAGGAUUGGAAUGGUACACUUUUGACCUUAUUUAUACCAAGGAAAUGCAAUGCAAGUGGAUGGUCUCAACAGAUGUAUAGGUCAAUGUGAUAACCUAUGUUGGCCUUGUGUGGUUAGUUACCUAUAUAUUGUCGAUCUAUCCCAUCGUCCUCCUCCACUAGUCCACUGUACCAAUAAAGAAGCUUAUAGGGGCAGUGACAUCAAGGACUCCUCUGCUGACCAGCACUCGCGAUCUGAUCAUUAACCUUCCAGCCGCAGCCACCUCCUUGUCGCCGGCCAUGAUUCAGGCGGUGAUGGUGAUCAGUACCCAGGCGAAGCCCCGCCUCCUCAAGUUCUACAAUUUCCAGCCCCCGGAGAAGCAUCAGGACCUCGUCCGCAGUGUCUUCCAAUUACUAUCUGCAAGGCCGGACAGUGCGAGCAAUUUCGUCGAGGUCGAUUCAAUCUUUGGCCCGGGAACAAAAAUGGUGUACCAGCAUUUGGCCACUCUAUACUUUGUUUUUGUCUUUGAUAGCUCUGAGAAUGAACUCGCCAUGCUUGAUCUCGUACAAGUUUUUGUCGAAACAUUGGAAAGAUGCUUCAAGAAUGUAUGCGAGCUUGACAUCGUAUUUAACUUUAACAAGCUGCACACAGUUUUGGAUGAGAUGAUUCUUGGGGGACAGGUAAUUGAAACAAGUUCAGAGCAAAUAAUGAAGUCCGUGGAAGAGAUUGCAAGGCUGGAGAAACAAUCAAGCACAACCAGCCUCAUACCCAAGUCGAUUUCAGAUCGUUUCAGACGUUAAGCUUUCACUCACUUCUUGGUCUGAAGUCUGAACAUUGACGGUGUGAGCAGAACUGCAGAAGACAUUUGAUUGGCACUCAAGAUUACAUUCAGUUUGCUUUAGUUCUCUAAAGACUCGAUCGUCUGGAAACCUGUCAUUUGUUAUUGGCAGACAUGCAUGUCUCGUUGAGCCAUCUCAUUCUUCAGUGCUCGUUUGCAAGGAAAGUUUGGGAACGAAUUCGAGUGUGGUCCGACAAUCUCGUUCGAGUGCUGGCACAGGACCUGUCAGCAGAAGAUUGCUGGAACAAUGCAAGAACCUGACCAACUUACCGAAACAAAUUCGAAGGCGCAAAGCAGCUGUGCUCAUGUACACAGCAUGGAAUAUCUGGAAAGAUAGGAACCGGAGGAACUUUGAAGAUAGAGCAAUGACAGCGGCGCACGUCGAACAAGAGACUGAGGCAGAAAUUGCAAUAACAAGGCUGGCCUGAUGAGAUCCCAUAGUUGUUACGUUAGUCAAAUAAUACAGUUUGUGUUUGAGACACAAUCAUUUUAUGAAAUAUUGUGUUGGAACAACAUGCAUUUUUCUUCCCCUUAAA